GUCAACCACAACAACAAGUCACAACAAGCCCUUUUCGGAUAAGGACCCUUUUCCAACCCCACAUUAUCAUCUCCCUUUCUCUAUAUAUUCAAAUCAAAUGCAACUCUGUAUUCAACAAACACAAGCCUUUAUUUCUUUUAUUGCGUUAGCGUCAUUUCGUAUCAAUAGUUUCAGAUUUCAAUUAUUGGGUUAGGUGAUACAUUAUUAUUCUCUCACUACAUUUGUGCGAUUUCAGAUUCUUGAACUUCUUGCGUGAUUUUUUUUUCAUUCUUGAUUGUGGGAUUUGCGUUUGGAUAACUCUGCUUGGUUUUUUGAGGAUUCAAAAAAAGAAAGAUGUCUGCUGCUGUGGGUUGUGGGUCUGUAUCGGGUUCUUGGGCUCAGAUUAAGGACAGAAUUAAUUUGGGGAAUAGAAACUGUAGAAAUAAGAAUGGAUUUAAGAUUAGCUGUGUGUCUUCUACCGUAAGCGAUUCGUACAAUACUCUGAGAAUUCGUCCUGGUGCAUCUGAAUCUGAGGUCAAGAAAGCUUUUAGGAAGCUUGCUCUUCAGUAUCAUCCUGAUGUCUGCAAAGAAAGCAACUGUGGCGAACAAUUUCAUCAAAUUUACGAAGCAUAUGAUUUUGUGAUGAGUCAUUUGAGGGAUGAGGAGAACAAUGAUGUGGUGGAGCCGAAGAGAGAUAUGAUCAACAUGUAUGAUGAUUGGGAAGAUGAGAUGGGGGGUUAUGAAGCAGAUACCGAUCGACCUGAAGAGAUACGACCUAUAGAUGUCGACCUACAAGAACUCGACCAAACAACUGACCUCGAGAUGGAAAAAGCCUCAAGUGGCAGUUUAAGGGAUUGUAAAAGAAAUGAUAACAAAGAGAAACAAUGUGAAAUCAACUUGAAAAUCGACAACUUGGAUGAGGUGCAGAUAAAGUACCAUGGAAAAACAGUGCCCCUGAGUAGGGUGCUUCAAGAGAGAGAACAAUGUGAAGGAUCAUACGAGCUGCAAAGAAUCAGCCGUGAGUAUAUUAAGAGGGUACGGGAACAAGUGAGUGUGUUGGAAAAUAAGAAAUAUCGACAUGAUUAUUUGAGCCAAAAACUGAAUGAGCGUGAGGAACGUGUCGAACGUAAGAGACGAAAGCUGCAAGAGGAGAAAAUAAAGAGAGAGAAGGAAGGUCUUGAGAAGGUAGAUGAGAUAAAUGAACAAUUACAAGAGGAAAGAGAAGAAAAGAAUUAUCUCAUGACUUUGUGUCAACAACUUGUUACAAAGGAGCGGCAAAGUAAUGAUGAGCUGCAAGAGGCUCGCAAAGUACUGAUUGAGGGCUUGAGUAGAUUGCCGAGUAAUAGCCAUGUUCAUAUUGGGAUAAGAAGAAUGGGGGAAAUAGAUUUUGAAGCCUUGAGGGAUGCCUGCUUAGCAAAAUCAAGUUUCUCUCUCUCAAGUGAAGAAGUUGAGAUGAAGGCUGCUGAACUUUGCUCCUCGUGGCAGGAAAAAUUUAAAAAUCAUGAAUGGCACCCAUUCAAUGUCGUUGUGGACGAAAAUGGGAAAGCUAAGGGCAUUUUGAAGGAGGAUGAUGAGCUACUACUUGGCCUUAAGGAAGAAUGGGGAGAUGACGUGCACAAUGCGAUUACUACGGCUUUGUGGGAACUGAAUGACUGUAACCCGAGUGGCCGUUAUACGGUUAAUGAGCUUUGGAACUUCAAAGAAAACUAGUAAGGGACACGUGCGAUG